AUGUCUUCAAAUGAACUAGUUUUUGUCACAGGUAAUAAAAAGAAACUCGAAGAAGUUCAAGCUAUUCUAGGCCCGAGUAUUAAUCUAGUAAAUUAUAAACUUGACUUAACGGAAAUUCAAGGAACAGCGCAAGAAAUCUCAGCUGACAAGUGUCGUAGAGCUUCAGUUGAAUUGAAUGGACCUGUAAUAACAGAAGAUACGUGCCUUUGUUUCAAUGCAUUGGAAGGUUUACCUGGUCCAUACAUAAAAUGGUUCUUGGAUAAAUUGGGACACGAUGGAUUAUAUAAAAUACUGGCAGGAUUUGAAGAUAAAUCUGCAUAUGCAAUAUGUACAUUUGCUUAUUCUUCAGGACCCGAUGCUGAACCUAUAUUAUUCGAGGGUCGUACUGACGGUAAAAUUGUACCAGCGCGUGGACCUAAAAAUUUCGGAUGGGAUCCCAUUUUUCAACCUGACGGAUUUGAUCAAACGUAUGAUGAAAUGCCAAAGAGUGUCAAAAAUACAAUAUCUCAUAGGUAUAAAGCGUUAAAAAAAUUAAAAGAAUUUCUUGCUUCUCAAAAUACUUGA